AUGGCGAGGAACGCGAGCUCGCCAGCGACGAGGAAUGGGUGGAGGAAGACGAGGAGGAGUCAUACGGGCCAGCCCCCCAUGCCUGCCAUGAGCAAAGCGGCGACCGACUACCAAGCAGACUCUACAACGGAGGAGAGCACCGAGUUCCACGGCUCAGCGGAGACGGAUUAUCUGGGCCGCACAUACAUGCACGUUCCCCAGGACCUGGAUAUCGAUCUGCGCAAGGAGCCGGGGAGCAUCAAGAACUACGUUCCCAAGAAGCUGGUGCAUACCUGGAAGUCACACACAAAGCCCAUCACCUCUUUGCGCUUUUUCCCUCGAUCAGGCCAUCUGUUGCUCUCGGCGGCAGCGGAUGGAAAGGCCAAGAUUUGGGAUGUAUACCACCAACGCGAGCUGCUGCGAACAUUCUCUGGGCACACGAAGGCUAUCACAGACACCGAUUUCCACCCCUCAGGCAAGACUUUCCUUACCGGGUCUUAUGACCGCCAGAUCAAGCUCUGGGAUACCGAGUAUGGCAAGUGUCUUGGGCGAUUCUCAACCGGCAAAACGCCGCACGUCGUGCGCUUCAAUCCCAGCGCUGAAAACUCACACGAGUUCCUGGCUGGUAUGUCGGACAAGAAGAUCGUGCAGUUCGACACCCGAUCCGGCGAGCUUGUCCAGGAAUAUGACCACCAUCUGGCCGCCGUCAACACCAUCACUUUCGUUGACGGAAACCGCCGUUUCAUCACUACAUCUGACGACAAGUCUCUGCGUGCGUGGGAGUACGGCAUUCCUGUUCCAAUCAAGUUUAUUGCCGAGCCAUACAUGUUCGCCCUCACGCGUGCUACGCCGCAUCCCAAUGGCAAGUACGUUGCGUUCCAGUCUGGUGAUAACCAAAUUGUGGUCUACGGGGCUACCGAUAAGUUCCGACAGAACCGCAAGAAAAGCUUCCGAGGUCACAACACUUCAGGCUAUGCUGUUGACAUUAAGGUCUCGCCCGAUGGACAAUUCAUUGUAUCUGGCGACAGCGGGGGCUAUGCUUGUUUCUGGGACUGGAAGACUGGCAAAAUGUACCACAAAAUUCAGGCGGGUGGGAAAGAGGGAGGUGCAGUCACCUGCUUGGAUUGGCAUCCGCAGGAGACAAGUAAGGUUGUCACUGGUGGACUGGAUGGUCUCAUUAGGUACUGGGAUUAA